GUUCCGGCGGCCACGUGUUCGUCGUCCGCGACUUGAGCGGAGACAACAUGCUGGGCCCCAACGCAGGCGGCAGUAGCAGCAGCGUGGUGUCAGCCAGUGCUGGUGGUGGCAGCUCCAGGAGCGCCGCCGCCGUCUUCGACGUGCCCGUCGUUGACUCCGGCACCUUCGCUCACAUCACGCCGCUCCUGCACCUGCUUCACGACUUCAAGCUGACCUCGAGAUACCCGCUGUCAGUGACCAUGAUGCCCGCCGUCAUGGCGGCGCCCGCCAUGGUGCCGCCGGCGGCCGGCGGCGGCCCCGCCGCGCCCACCGCGCCCCAGGGCGACAGCGGCGCCGCCGCCUCUGGUCACGACAGCGGCACACACACCACCGCCGCGCCUUCGGGCAGCGGCGGACCCAGCUCCAGCAGCAGCGCCAGCGCCGGUUCCAGCAGCAGCCACCCGGCGGGCGCGGCCUGCGCAGCCACCCGGCUGCUGCGGCUGGCGCCGCCACCUCCGGCGGCUGCUGGCCGCGCUGCCUCACGGCGGCUGCGGGCGGCACUGCCACCUCCGGCGGCUGCCGACCGCGCUGCCUCUUGGCGGCAGCGGGCGGCGCUGCCACCUCGGCGGCUGCCGACCGCGCUGCCUCACGGCGGCAGCGGGCGGUGCUGCCACCGCAUGGCGGCCAUUGAUUGCGCAGCUCCGUUGAGGCUGCACGUCACGCCGCCGCCACAGUUUGCGCCGACCAGCCUGGACAGCAGCUGCGUUGGUGACCAGCGGCUCUUUGGCUAGCGUGACGGCUGGCUGCCUGCUUGUGCCAGCUUUGCGUGACUCAGUGGAGCCUAGAGUGACGGCGUCAUCAGCAGCGGCGGUGUGCGCGCCUGAUGCGCCCGUGUAAUUUGCGCCUAGCGCCUUUGGUUGGCAGCUUGGGUAUAGCAUAUGGGCAGCGACAAGUGGCAGUGUGACUCGUGGUACGCGCGCCUGUGUUGCAGCGCAUAGGGGCAACUAGCUAGCUGUGCCAGACGUGCUUCUUUGAGGGGGAGGUAAUUCCUCCUCUGCGGCCAGUGAUUGGCCUUGCCUGUUCCCCUUGUUGUUAGUUGGCUGUCAUGAGGCGGUUGACUGUUGGACCCGGUUCGGUCCGAGGGGGAGUGUUGGUUAUUUGGGGUUUGCGGGCGUGAGUCCCGCAAGGUUGCGUCCCGAACCGCGUGAUAGGCGAGGUCAGUGCGGCAGUUGACGGCUCGUGGCCGGUCACGUCUGUCAGCCAGUCCCAGGCCGCAGGCGUGGCGCCCGGGGGGUAUUGCCCCGGCUAGAGCGCACGUUUUGCUAACUACACACGCAGGAUGUAGCGGACCAGACCCCCCAAUACGGUGCCAGGCAGCAUAGCUGCGCUCGUGUGUAACGCACCCGCCGU